AUGUGUGAUUCACGGAGCUAUAUUGAAUCAAAAUAUGGCCCUGCAUUCGAUGAAGAGCCGUUCACUAGUGCCCUGACAGCUGCUGUCGAACACUUACACUGCCUGGGAUUGGCCCAUAACGACAUCAACCCGGCGAAUAUUUUGCUCACUGAAGACCAAAUGCCCGUUCUCGCAGACUUCAACUCGUGCCAUCCCAUUGGCGAGAAGCUAGAGCUUAGUCGGGGCACCGAAGGCUGUAUAGAUACAGAGGAUUCCUGGGAUACAUCUGAGACUCACCAUGACUUCUUUGCUAUAGAGAAGAUUCGAGAGUCGCUUAAGGAAGCCAGAGAAAACUGGCCAGAGGGUGAUGCAGUGACAGAUACUCAGAAUGUUUAG